AUGUCGAGCGUCAUGAGCUCUGCCUCGUAUCGUCGAGGCGAGUUGGCUGAUACCGAAGAUGAACACGAGCCAGAGCUUAGCGUAGUGACAGAAACUGCAGAAGAUGAUCUUGACACUGAUUUGAUGGAUUCACUUGUAUUGCAGGACGAAGCCCAUCCUACUCAUGCAACGUCCGUGCGCUGGACACCUUCGUACGCCAUAUCACAGCGUCCUGUCUCCCCCGGACCACCUGCAUCGAAGCCACGAAAAGGGCGUGUGUUUGAAUUACUGCUAGAUGGUGAGGAUUCUUCACGCACGUCAUCCCCUGUGCCUACACCAGCACCACAUGAUUGGGACGGUGAGAUUGUGGAGCCACCUCCGCCGCAGCCUCCAGUCACAGCUUUGGAUACACAGCCUGCUGUGCCGUCCCCUUUGUGCGUGUGCAUUCAGCCUAGUGAUGUCACAGAAGAAACGUCGCCUGACCGAGCUGGUGCGGAGAGUUCUUCUGAUCAGACGAUGAGCGACGCACAACAAUCUGACUUGGCUGCUACGAUCAUACCGCCCAAACGUCGCUCGUCUUUAUCAGCUCUCUCUCGAAAGCCACUCAAGUCUGCGCUGUGUGACGCGGGUGGGCCUGAUGUGCACCGUGGACGCUCACGCGAACGCAAAAAACGGUCCGUUCGAUUUUGCACUAAGCCACCGGAAGAGCGACGAACGCAUAGUCCUGUGGAAUACGACCGCAAGGCUUUGCCUGUCCACCAACGUCUGGAUAGGAAUGAUUUGUUGGAGCUUCGUGACUUGCACAUGCCCAUGGAUCUACUGUCUUCACGUUGGAGCUCUCUUCGUCUUCCUUGCCGCACCAAAGUGGAAAUGUCCGACGAUCACCCUUCGCUGCCAGCCUACCGUGCAUGGCAUAACAUUGCCAUGAAUCAUGUGACGCCAAACCCACAGCCUACCCCUGCAACAGGUCCUGCGCCUUUUUCGGGAUGGGAAACGCCCGUGUCUACGGAACCAGCGGCGCCCAUGGUGGUAGAGCCGGCGAAGUAUGGCAGUUCUCCUACGCCCGAUCCUCUGGCGGAUCUUGAAGCGGCACGGGAGCGGCAGCGCCAACUGCGUGGUCCUGGGCCGAUGUGGGCGGGUAGCUCUUCGACGGAGUCGUUGCCUUCGUCUAGCUCGACGCUUGCAUCGACCCUGGCGGAGCGAUUUGGCCUGAACAAGCCCCCGCCUCCGUUGCCUGGCGUAUCCGCAGCGUCCGGCCCGCCCUCGGCGAUUGAUGUCGUUGGUGAUCCGUUGCGACGUGCCAGCUCUGAUACCACAUUGCUACCUGCAACGAACCCUGUGCUGUCCUCUCGUUCCUCAGCUCCUUCCAUGGUUCGCAACUCUGGUGUUGCUCCACCCUCGCGUGAUCACGUUGGCAUGGACAGUCCUGUGGCGGACCUUGGCGAGAGUGGAACUGAGUAUGAUGUGAACCUUGCGAUGUAA